AUGGAUGACCAUAAUCCAUGGGCAGAUCAGCCGCAAAACGUCAAGCCGGAGAAUGUAAAGCACGGCGAGGGAGGAUCGAAGAAAUUGACAAGAAAAAUGAGUGAAAAUUUCGAGAAAACCAAAGCUGCGGCGUCGAAUGGGAUGACGAAAGUGGAGAUGAACCCGGUAUGGCAACAAGUUAUACUACGGGAAUUCUGCAAGGCCAAGGGAAUCAUGAUCUCUAUUUACUCUCCUCUAGCAGCAGGGGGAGCCAUACGGGGAACCCGGAAAGUUUUGGACUCUGAGGUUCUCAAGGAAAUUGCAGAGUCCAAAGGAAAAUCUGUAGCUCAGGUGGCCUUGAGAUGGGCUCAUGAGCAAGGAGUUGUUAUCAUUACCAAGAGCUUUAACUAA